AUGCGUCCGCUGCACGUCUCUGCCGCACUCUUGACUAUUUUUGCGCCAAUUGUGGUAGAUUCACAAUAUCCUAUCACCUAUGGAUGCAUGGCACAGAUUCUGGCGUAUUCGCCAAUGAACAAACUGUACACUGUACGUUGGUGUCUUUAUUUGAGGUUCUAGGCAAAAGGUCUGAUUUGUAGUUCGUUACCAACAUCAACAGUGAUGCCACGUUGGCAGCCAAGAAGAAACGAGCCAACAGUUGGGUUCCGAACAAUUUGGUAAUGCUGGCAGCACUUUUUAUAGUGUAACAACAAUACCUUUAUUAAGGGAACUCACAAGUUCGCGGCCCUAGACAUCUACAGUACCAGCUCUAAGGCUCUCGCGGGAGUCACAAGUCUUCUGGAUCAUCGCAACACCGUCGGGUUGUUCUGGGAUGACCUCCUUCCAGGACUGACCAAAGUUUUUAAUGCUUCCGUGGCAAAGCAGUACAAAAACAUGUGGACGAAGACGGAUAAAGUUCACGAUAACGCAUUCUUUGAUGCGCUCAACGAAUGGUACGCCUAUUGUCACUACCACGUGAGUCGGACAAUAUCAAUUUCAACACUCUCCUAAUACUUGAUUCAGAGCGCCGCCGGAAAGCGUACCGCCCUUUACAACGCUAUCCAAACAGUGACCACAAAGUACACGAACAACACUUCGCUGAACUUCGAACCGCUCAGCUCCGCCUAUUAUACCCGCCUCGUUUUGAUGAUGGUUUUGGGAAUGUGGUAG